AUGGAUUGCUGCAGCAGCACCAGCUACAUGGACUAUAGACAUCACUCGAUGAACAGUAACUUCUGCUACCCGUACGCGCCCAGCAUGCUGCGAAGUGCGUCCCCGUACCCGUUGGCCGGCCCGGUAGGGGUUCCGGGUCGGUACGGCCCUGACACGGGCGGCGGCGGAUAUCACCGGUCCAGUGCCCUCGGUUACGCGAGUAGCAUGGGCUACCCACACGAAGGAUACGACAAGUACUACGGUGGUUACCACCAUCAUACGGGCGCCAGCGGGCACGGCAGCAUCGGUGGUGGCUACGGGACUUCCGGUUACUACGGGAGCUACUCUUCGUCGGCGUACCGCGAGUACGGUGGCUACGGACACUACUACGGUCACCAUCAGUCGCAAUCUCCCUACUCCCGCGGUUACGGUGCGGGCACAACCGGGGCCGGGAGCGCCGCCUACCUGUACCCGGGACGACACUACCCAGGAUCGGGCGGCCUGGCACCGCAGCACCCGGGCUUUGCCCGGGCUGACUCCUAUCUGUACCACCAUCCCCAGCAGCGCGGGGAACAGCCUCAGUAUUCGAGCUUCGCCAGCUACGGCAGUAUACCGACCCCGUUCCGCAGCAGCCUAGGAUCCGGUGGGGGGGCCACAACCAGCGAUCCACCGUCAGCCAAAUCGCCAUACUCGACAUCAUCGCCUGGCUUCCCCGCGACGGGAAGCAACCACCUUGAGCGGCCCGUAGCCGCCGCCUCCGCCCAGCCUAGCGCUCCUCCGAGUGGGGUCAACGGUUCCAGUGGAGCCCUGGACAGUGCCGCUCGGUCUCCUUCGUCCACGGCAUCCCUGUUCCCGAACGGUUAUUCGCCCAGCUCCGGCUACAGUCCGCUAUCAGCGUCCUAUCGGGGUCCGACGGCCGCAGACGACAGUCCACAGCUUCCGCUUCAGCCCGAGCCGGACGAGGGAGACGCCCCACAGCAGCCCCAUGCGGCAGCGGCAGCAGCAGCCGUACGCGGCGCAACAGAGUUUUCCCCGGAUGGCGGCAGCCCGAAGGAAGCGAGAGGGACCCGAAAGCCCAAGGAGCGCAAGCUGCAGCAACAGCAACGGGGGAUGAUGUACGGUGGUCAACCCAACGGUGGGCGAAGCAGCAGUAGCGCUGGAAGCCGAGCCAGCAGCCCCACAACGGCGGCGGCGGCGGCGAGUGCAUCGGCGAGAAUGAAAUCACUGGAUGCACUUACAAAUCUGUGCUGGCCCGAUGGCGAGCAGUUCAGUAGUAAGAUGCGAAAGUAUUCAAACGCCUCCGGAUUAAAGUCCAAGGAUGGAGCCACCAGUCGAAAGCAAGAUGUCAACGAUCUUGAGUUGAGUGCUGCGGCAUCUCCCAGCAGGACUACCGGAACUGGUCGGCGGGCUAAAAAACAGACCAAGCAACAGAAAGAGCUCAAGUCGUCCGAUGGCAAAGAAAAACAAACCAGCAGUGCAGUGACGUCGGUGCCCCCCGUGGAAAAUAAGAACGUCACGCCACUUCCGGGCUUCCAGCAAGCGUUCGGCUCGACGGAGAUCGGGAAAUUCUCCGAGGUGUUCUUCAACAGUAGCCCCACGCCGAACGAGUCCAGUCCAUCCCAACACCACCACGCGAUGCACCAUCCGCAAGCGCAGCAACAGCAGCUGCAACAUCAACAACGGAUACAACAACAGCAGCAACAGCAGCAGCAGCACCACCAUCAUGGCACCGUUCAACAGCUGGUGAUGGACUCGCUGAACGCGUACGAAUCCGACGUUGACACGUUAAGCCCACAGUCUUGGGAUCCACCUCCGGCAGCGGCGGCCCCAGCUCCGACCGACUCGUAUGAGGGCUGCACCGGCUACAACCUGCAGAUCGGGACCUCCUUUCAUCCGUCGUACUUCGAAUCGUCCUCCUACUCCGACCACGCGGUAGACUCGCCGCUCGGGAGCUACUUUAGCGAAAUGACAUGCAACGAGUUUGUGAAUUAG